AUGCAGAGUGGUGGUGCGCGACGUGGGAAAGCGAAUGGCGGCCAUCUUGAAAUUGGUUUGUUCGGAAAACAUCACGUGUCUGCGCGUCCGCUUGGCAACAGCGCCGCUAAACGGAGCGGAACAAUUCAUGCACCACGUGCUUUUUUUGUUUGUGCAACAUUCCUUUCGUUCGCAUGCUAUCGAUCGGCGCCCACCCUUACUAAAGAUAAACAUAGCAAAAAUAAGCCGAUUCAUUCUCCAUUCGAGUUAUCGAUCUUCUACUUGUACGCGGACACUGAUUUGCGGUUUGUAAGACAAUAG